AUGCAUAACCAAAGUGAAUUUAAUGCAUUUUUGAAAAGAGUUGAGGGAAAAGGUUUAGAAGAUAUUGAUGAUAACAAUAAAAUUCCAGAAGCAACUUAUUUUACAUUUUCAACAAAAGAAUUGUUUGAUUUACAAAAAAAUCCAAUAAUGGAAGUUUAUAGAAUCCUAACUUGUGAUGAUUUGGUAUUUUUAUGCAAAUGUAAGCAUAAUAUGACGAAUGUUCACAUAGAAAGUCUUAUUAACAGAUUAGAUGAAUUUCUAAAGAAACAUCAAAUUGCAUCAGAUCCAGAAUUUACAAAAUUGUUAGGUAAACGUUAUAUUGGGAUUGCUUGUGACACAAAAUUCUCUGAAGAAUUAAGACAUUUAUCGAUGAAUAGGGGUUUGAUAACUGUAUUUUCAGGUGGUAACCGUUAUCGGGUAGAAAUUCCUGAAAAAAUUUCCACAUACUGGAAAUUAUAA